AUGCUUCCAUCCCAGCAAGCGGAUCGCAGCUGUGAUGUUUGUCGCAUUAUCACUGACGACGGCACAAACUUUUUCUUGUAUUUCCCAUUCGACAACAACUCGACGGAGUUCGGCGGCAAUGUUCUCUGCAGUGUGGCGGUCUUGCCACGCAAAGCAAUCGAGAAGGCGAGCUCUGAGCACGCCAUCGGUGUCGAUGAAAUGAGCAGUGACAGCGAUGUCCAGCCGUCCGUUGUGAGGCAAAUCGAACUGAUGCCCAAUGUUUAUCUGCCUGUCACAAAACUGCGUUGCAUCUCAUGGCGAAGGCAGCGUCAUCGUCUUGUGAACGCCUUUUACAGCCAAGAUCCUCCGCAGUCGAGUGCCGACGAUGCAGACAGGGAUUACAACCCAAUAUGCGACGUCUGCGGAGUGUUGGGCGACAAAAAGUGUUCUCGGUGCAAAUCUCACCAGUUCGAGCUUGUCACUGAACCAGAAGAAGAGAAUGAAGAUGAUGAUGACGUUGAUGAGCGGAAAAGGCUGUCCGAAUAUCAGGACUUCUUGUCCAAGCAUCCAGAAUGUAAAGAAUCACCUUCACAAUUAAAAGAUAUACAGGACUUGCAAAAUAUGGCAGCCACCUGCGAGGAUAAGGCAUUUUGGAAGUUCAGGAAAGCGACCCGAAAGGCCCCGGAACAAGCCUUGCGGUACGAGCUGGGGGGCACACCGCUGUGGGUGUCAUCCGAAGGAGUCCCGAAGGAGGUUCCUAUGUGUGAUUGCGGUGCAGAGAGGCAGUUUGAGUUGCAGGUGAUGCCUCAGCUCCUGCUCCGGCUCGACGGAGUCGACUGGGGAACGUUGACGAUGUUCAGCUGCAAGAAAAGCUGUUGUUGCGGCACGACUUACAAAGAGGAGUACGCGUGGAAGCAAUAUUUCUCAAAUAAAGAGGGCAUUUCAAGUUAA